UUGGCACUAAUUAGGUCGGAACUAUAGUCACAUGUUGACGGUUGCAACGAGCCAACUUCACCGUGACACACAGACGUCAUUUGCUCAUAUUAUCGUCAGGCCUUGUUUGGUGAGUUUCAAUGGCAGGAGGAGGGACGGGUGUUGAUCUCACCAGGAAGUUUGUUUCGCAAGCAGAACUUGAUGAGAGGAGGAAAAAAAGACAGGAGGAGUGGGAGAAAGUUCGGAAGCCCGAUGACCCAGAGCAGGCCCCAGAGGAAGAGUAUGACUCGCGUUCACUCUUUGAGCGUCUGCAGGAGCAGAGAGACAAGAAGCAAGAAGAAUUUGAGGAGCAAUUCAAAUUCAAGAACAUGGUGAGGGGAUUGGACGAUGAUGAGACCAGCUUCCUGGAUGAGGUUUCCCGGCAACAGAGUCUGGUGGAGAAGCAACGCAGGGAUGAAGAGAAACAGGAACUAUUGGAAUACAGAAGUGCUGUAGCAAAGCAAGUGUCGUCUGACAGCCGCCCAGAGUCUGAGAAGAAGGCAACAGCUAAACAAUCAGUGGUGGAGCAAAGGACCAGCCACUUGUCUCAGGCCCAUUUACUGGCUGGUGCUGUCAAAAGACGCAGUUCUUCCCAGUCAUCAGACAGCAGUAAGAAACAGAAGGUGGAAAGUGAAGCAGCAGGAAAUGGAGACAGUCACACAGAACAGGAGGGAGGAGGAGGAGGACAAAGAUCAGGGGGAGCUGAAAAUCCACAAGCCGUCCCAGGCCUGACACCCAAGAACCCAUCGCCCCCCCUUAAUUCUGGUCCAGCUGUGCUUCACCUGCCCUCUGCAGCGGUGUGCAUCGGCGUCCUGCCAGGCCUGUGCGAUUAUUCUGGCAGCAGCGACUCUGACAGCAGCUCGGACAGCGAAGUUUAACCAAGCAAGCAAUCCCGCACUGCCUUCUCUGACGACGUCCCGAUCCCCCCGCACCCCCCUCCCAAACCAAGCCACAGUGACGGCAAGCUGUGCUUUUGGCUGUGGGAAAAGUGAUUGACAGCUGUGGAGGAAGGAAAAGACUUCUGUCUUUGACUCGCGUAUCACAUGACUCGCACCUUUGUAGCUACCAGCAACAGAUUAGUGAAAUGCGGCAGGCGACGCUCUUCUUUAGGUCCAUGCAUUCAGAAUUAUGUUGGAGAACAAUGGAAUGUGUGUGUCAUUUGUUCCAAGGUCACAUAAUUCAGGGAAUACGCUCAUCUGUUUACUCCUGCCCCAGACUCCAAAGAGGAAUAAAGAACUUUCUGUUUUAA